AUGGCCAACAUCUCCAACCUUCAGGUGACAUUGACUCCCCCGAGUCUGCCUACCCCGCUGGAAUCCCCAGCAACCAUCCCCAUCCACGUCGCCGUCCAUAAUAAUGCGGACUAUCCGGUGACCGUCCUGACCUGGGGCACCCCGCUGGACCCUCGUGCUGAUAUUCUCGGCGUUUUCUCCGUGCGCGAUCACACCAACGACGACUCUGCCGUGCCGCUGACAACCAUCAAAAUCAACCGACGGUUGCCCGCCGAUCACAACGACUUGGUGGAAAUCCCCGCUAACGCCUCCAUCGACCGGGUUAUCACGCUAUCGCAUGUGCCCCUGGUGGAUGGGCACGAGUAUGCCAUCCAGGCGGAGGGGGUGUGGCAUGCUGUGUGGCAGGGCGGUGCCAGCGAUGUGAGCGGCGCCCAUCUAGAGCAUUUGGAAGGGUCGUCCCGAGGGGGGUAUGUUUCCAAUAAGGUGGAUGUCAAAGUCGAGUAG